GGCUGAUGGGUGAUAUUAUUGAUGAUGGUUGACCAGGGCUGAUGGGUGAUAUUCGUGGUGAAUUCUCUCCUCACUGACUGAUAUCUCUGAUCAACAUGGUAGAUUGUAAAGAUGUGUUGACUGCAGUACUAACCUUGUCUCUCUCCCUGUGUCUCAGGAGGAAGCCAGCAGGCGCCUGGUUAGAUGUGAGCCCAGGGCUAUGGCCAGACAGGUAGAUUCUGGCACUCAGACUGAUCCUGUGGUGGUUCUGUCUCUAGCCCAGGCUGCUGUUCUGGGCCUCAUCUCUCAGAAUGAGGUGUUCGGUGCUACCAUCGCUCCUAAUGGCUUCUACACAGGAGAACCUAAAGAGUCCCCUGCCCUGCCUGUAGAGGGGGUGGAUUACGAAUACGCUGAUCAGCUGAUAGGAGCUAACGGAGAUUACCUGGGAGACAACCUGCCUGAAGACGGACACAUGCAGCCCAGCUGUAGCCAGAGGAGGUGGCAUGGACCACCCCCCGAGGGGAAGAUGGUAGGGCCCGAGCGCCAUGCUGGAGUGCCUGUGGACGGGUCAUCCCAAGUGAAAGGAGAGGGGGUUAUCACUGGCCUGACGUCCUGUGUUCACAUGCUGAACAACCUGGCUACUACUAGAGGGGGAUUGGUCCAGGUUGACCCCGCCUCUCUCCGUGCCGCCGCCCAAAAAGGCUGUGCCGAGUGUGACAGAGACAUGUCCAGCCAGCAGGCUAACACACACCCUCACACACACUCCCAGGCCGGCCACAGCCAUAAAGGGGAGCCGGGGCAUCGAGGCCUGCAGGGGCAGAGGGGGCAUCAGGAGAGAGCAAGGGGGGAGGAAGAGGAGGAGGAGGAGGAGGGAAACAGCCUGAGGAAAGGAGGACAGGAGGAGACUAUCAGCAGCUACUUCCAGUCCAGCGAGGUGGGGGGGUACGAGGGGGGGGAGAUCUACCAUGAGAACAGCCAGGGUAUGAUGUGGGGCAACCAGCUGGAGCAAGGGGUGGCGGGAAGAGGAGGAGCAGGAGCAGGAAGAGGAGGGACCCAUCGUCACCACGGCCGGAGGGUUGACCGUCUAGACAUCAACAUCCAGAUAGACGAGUCGUACUGUGUGGACAUGGGCGAGGGCCUGAAGAGAUGGAAGUGCCGUAUGUGUGAAAAGUCUUACACCUCCAAGUACAACCUGGUAACUCACAUCCUGGGUCACCAGGGCAUCAAGCCCCACGCCUGCCCCCACUGUGGGAAGCUGUUUAAACAGCCCAGCCACCUGCAGACCCACCUGCUCACCCACCAGGGAACGAGGCCUCAUAAAUGCAGCGUGUGUAAGAAGGGCUUCACCCAGACCUCCCACCUGAAGAGACACAUGCUGCAGCACACCGACGUCAAACCUUACAGCUGCCGCUUCUGUCGCCGCGGCUUCGCCUACCCCAGCGAGCUCCGCGCCCACGAGACCAAACACGAGCGCGGGCGCUGCCACGUGUGUUCCCAGUGUGGCAUGGAGUUCCCCACCUACGCCCAUCUGAAGCGCCACCAGACCAGCCACCAGGGACCAACUAGUUACCAGUGUACAGAGUGCGACAAGUCCUUCACCUACCGCAGCCAGCUGCAGAAUCACCUCCUGAAACACCAGAGUCCUCGGCCGUACUCCUGUUCCCACUGCGGCCUGGAGUUUGUCCAGCUGCACCACCUCCGCCAGCACGCCCUCACACACAAGGGUAUGAAGGGUCAUAAGUGUGAGGUGUGUUCCCGUGAGUUCACCUUGUCAGCCAACCUGAAGAGACACAUGUUGAUCCACAACAGCAUCAGACCCUUCCAGUGUCACAUCUGCUUCAAGAGCUUCAUCCAGAAACAGACGCUCAAAACGCACAUGAUCGUCCACCUGCCCGUCAAACCCUUCAAAUGCAAGGUGUGCGGGAAGUCGUUCAACAGAAUGUACAACCUGCUGGGUCACAUGCACCUCCACGCCGGCUCCAAACCCUUCAAGUGUCCUUACUGCUCCUCCAAGUUUAACCUGAAGGGGAACCUCAGCCGACACAUGAAGGUCAAACACGGCAUGGACAUCUCACCUAACGGACAAGAUGCUCUUCCUGAGAUGGAGGCCCAGGGCCACUAUGAGGAGGACAACUUUGACUUUGGGACCUCAGGGGCCAACAACAACAUGGAUAAUGGAGGCUCCCAGAACCUCACCAAGCUCACCACGGCAAACAUGGACGACAUGGACAACUAUUACAGCUUUGGGAAGGAUACAGCUAACUACAACACGUCUUGAGCAGUAGGAGAAUACUGUUAAUGGACUACAGACCAUUAGACACCAUGGGUUAAUGGUGGACUAACUGCAGACCAUGGAUUAAUGGAGAAGAGACCAUGGGUUAUUGGUGGACUAACUACAGACCAUGGGUUAUUGGUGGACUAACUACAGACCAUGUUUAUUGGUGGACUAACUACAGACCAUGGGUUAUUGGUGGACUAACUACAGACCAUGGUUUAUUGGUGGACUAACUACAGACCAUGGGUUAUUGGUGGACUAACUACAGACCAUGGUUUAUUGGUGGACUAACUACAGACCAUGGUUUAUUGGUGGACUAACUACAGACCAUGGUUUAUUGGUGGACUAACUACAGACCAUGGGUUAUUGGUGGACUAACUACAGACCAUGGUUUAUUGGUGGACUAACUACAGACCAUGGGUUAUUGGUGGACUAACUACAGACCAUGGUUUAUUGGUGGACUAACUACAGACCAUGGGUUAUUGGUGGACUAACUACAGACCAUGGGUUAUUGGUGGACUAACUACAGACCAUGGGUUAUUGGUGGACUAACUACAGACCAUGGUUUAUUGGUGGACUAACUACAGACCAUGGGUUAUUGGUGGACUAACUACAGACCAUGGGUUAUUGGUGGACUAACUACAGACCAUGGGUUAUUGGUGGACUAACUACAGACCAUGGGUUAUUGGUGGACUAACUACAGACCAUGGGUUAUUGGUGGACUAACUACAGACCAUGGGUUAUUGGUGGACUAACUACAGACCAUGGGUUAUUGGUGGACUAACUACAGACCAUGGGUUAUUGGUGGACUAACUACAGACCAUGGGUUAUUGGUGGACUAACUACAGACCAUGGGUUAUUGGUGGACUAACUACAGACCAUGGUUCAAUAGAGAGGAGAACAGAAAGGAAAACGCCACACUGCUGCUCCCAGCUGAUAUUUCUAACGUUUCCACCCGUAGGUCUUCAUCAGGUAUCCAGGACCUAAUGGUGGAAACAUUAACGUUUCCACCCGUAGGUCUUCAUCAGGUAUCCAGGACCUAAUGGUGGAAACAUUAACGUUUCCACCCGUAGGUCUUCAUCAGGUAUCCAGGACCUAAUGGUGGAAACAUUAACGUUUCCACCCGUAGGUCUUCAUCAGGUAUCCAGGACCUAAUGGUGGAAACAUUAACGUUUCCACCCGUAGGUCUUCAUCAGGUAUCCAGGACCUAAUGGUGGAAACAUGGUUCUAAGUAAAUAUCAGCUGGGAGCAGCGUUUCCCUGUCUGUUUUCCAUGAGCUCACCUACAACUCCAGCACCUGAGGAAAGCACCUGGAUGUGGAGAGGAGACCAUGGGUGGGGAACAGACAACAUGGCUGCCGUCCUGAGGCAGUGAGAGAGACUGGGUUAGGGCGUGCUGUGGCAGUGAGAGAGACUGGGUUAGGGCGUGCUGUGGCAGUGAGAGAGACUGGGUUAGGGCGUGGUGUGGCAGUGAGAGAGACUGGGUUAGGGCGUGCUGUGGCAGUGAGAGAGACUGGGCUAGGGCGUGCUGUGGCAGUGAGAGAGACUGGGUUAGGGCGUGCUGUGGCAGUGAGAGAGACUGGGUUAGGGCGUGCUGUGGCAGUGAGACUGGGUUAGGGCGUGGUGUGGCAGUGAGAGAGACUGGGUUAGGGCGUGCUGUGGCAGUGAGAGAGACUGGGCUAGGGCGUGCUGUGGCAGUGAGAGAGACUGGGUUAGGGCGUGCUGUGGCAGUGAGAGAGACUGGGUUAGGGCGUGCUGUGGCAGUGAGAGAGACUGGGUUAGGGCGUGCUGUGGCAGUGAGAGAGACUGGGUUAGGGCGUGCUGUGGCAGUGAGAGAGACUGGGUUAGGGCGUGCUGUGGCAGUGAGAGAGACUGGGUUAGGGCGUGCUGUGGCAGUGAGACUGGGUUAGGGCGUGGUGUGGCAGUGAGAGAGACUGGGUUAGGGCGUGCUGUGGCAGUGAGAGAGACUGGGCUAGGGCGUGCUGUGGCAGUGAGAGAGACUGGGCUAGGGCGUGCUGUGGUAGUGAGAGAGACUGGGUUAGGGCGUGCUGUGGUAGUGAGAGAGACUGGGUUAGGGCGUGCUGUGGUAGUGAGAGAGACUGGGUUAGGGCGUGCUGUGGCAGUGAGAGACACUGGGUUAGGGCAUGCUGUGGCAGUGAGAGAGACUGGGUUAGGGCGUGCUGUGGUAGUGAGAGAGACUGGGCUAGGGCGUGCUGUGGCAGUGAGAGAGACUGGGCUAGGGCGUGCUGUGGCAGUGAGAGAGACUGGGUUAGGGCAUGCUGUGGCAGUGAGAGAGACUGGGUUAGGGCGUGCUGUGGCAGUGAGAGAGACUGGGUUAGGGCGUGCUGUGGCAGUGAGAGAGACUGGGUUAGGGCGUGCUGUGGCAGUGAGACACAGGGAGGGGAAUCAUGGACCCUUUAAGAACCAGAACUGACCUGUCCUGAUGGAGGGGCAGGACAUCCACUUCAACAGCCAAUCCGCUCCACCCGUCUCUGAUAGAAGUGACUCUGAGACUGACGAUUGGGUGUAGAAGUCCUUUGGUAUAUUCUAGCAGACAUGAUUGGUCUAGAAGUCCUUUGGGAUAUUCUAGCAGACAUGAUUGGUCUAGAAGUCCUUUGGGAUAUUCUAGCAGACACGAUUGGUCUAGAAGUCCUUUGGGAUAUUCUAGCAGACACGAUUGGUCUAGAAGUCCUUUGGGAUAUUCUAGCAGACAUGAUUGGUCUAGAAGUCCUUUGGGAUAUUCUAGCAGACAUGAUUGGUCUAGAAGUCCUUUGGGAUAUUCUAGCAGACAUGAUUGGUCUAGAAGUCCUUUGGGAUAUUCUAGCAGACACGAUUGGUCUAGAAGUCCUUUGGGAUAUUCUAGCAGACACGAUUGGUCUAGAAGUCCUUUGGGAUAUUCUAGCAGACAUAAAGACUAUAGCGGCAGAUCUAAACUGUGAUAAGUUGUGGGAUGGAACCGUAUCAGCACUCAGAAAUCAGUUUUACACAGAGACAUCUUACCCUCCGUGGAAUCAUUCACCAAUAAGUAUGUUUUGACAGAAGACCAGAUGCAGUAUAACUCCUGAUCUUAGAUCCAACUAGACACACUGAAUACAGCCCCUUCAGAAAGGCUUCACACCCCUUUAUACACAUGUGUUACAGCCGGAAUUUAAGAUUUGUUGUCACUGUCCUACACACAAUAAUACCCCAUAAUUGCAAGGUGAAUUUAUGUUUGUAGAAUUUUUUUAUGAAAAGCUGAAAUGUCUUGAGUCAAUAAGUAUUCAAACUCUUUAUUAUGGCGAACCUACAUAAGUUCAGGAAUAAAAAUGUGCUUUAACAAGUUG